CACGUUUACUUAACCUCACAAUCACAAACGAACCAGAUAUGAAAAGUGUGAGAUCGUGACAACGGCACAAGUUACCAUCGAUUUGCAUUAAAUAAUAUGAAUUUAUUGUUAAUCGAAAGCUUUUUCUAAAGAAACAAGUCAAUUUAGGUUUAAGUAUUUAAGAUGUCUUUAAUUUACAAAACCGUGUUGGUGUUUUUGUCUUUAUCACCGUUCGUAUCAGCUGGUGAAUUAGAUUAUGAUGGUUGGCUGCAGGUGAGAUUAUGGCAUUCCUUUGAUGAUAGCCCGGUACCUCAUUAUACAGAAAGAGGAAAUGUUACAAUUUCCAGCAUCAGAAGUGGAGCUGCUAUAGUUGUUCAACCAGCAAAUAGUAAAGCAAAUAUUGACAAGUUAAUCAACCUUGCUGAGCAUGGUGGUAAAUACAGAUUGAAGGCAGUUGUACGCACUUCAUCUGGAAGUGAAACUACCUUCCUCUCCUCUGUUUUAGCAUGUCAUUUAUUAGGUUCUAAUUUGCAAGAUAAACUAUAUAUAUGGAUUGAUAGCUCAGCCGAGCCAGUAGCAGUGAAUUUAGUAUCAAAAGGUCCAUGUUCUGUGGAAAGUCCAAUGACUCAAAUGUGGACUACAGAUACUAAAGUUCAGUAUCCGGAUGGUGGACCUGUACCUGAUACUGCCACAUACAUUCAAAAACUGGAAAGAGAAAAGCAGGCUAGGGAAAGUGGAGAAGUCAAGGAUAACAGAUCUUUCUUUGCUAAAUAUUGGAUGUACAUUGUACCAGCUAUUAUAUUCUUUGCGUUGACAUCGGCGACAAACCCUGACGGUCCUGGUGGUGGCGGUGGUCAGCGUCAGUAACUACCUCAUGUUUAUUUCUACGUGCACCACUUUUUUAUCUUCUUGUCAAAGACGACCGAUUAUGGAACGUUAAAUCGUGUGGAAAAAUUCAUAAAUUUCCAAUUGAUCACAUCAACUGUACUUGCGUUUCAUCCAAAGCGAUAUCAUGUAAAUUUAAUUGUUCCAAUAAAAAAAACUAUUAAAA